CCAACAAUACUGACACGUCGGACUCUGGAGCAGAGAAAGGUUUAUUGCAGGGCCAUGCAAGGAGAUGGGUGCCUUGUGCCCCAAAAACCGCCAAAGCAUUUUAAAGGCCAGGUGAGGGAGGGGGUGUGGCUGGUUGUUGCACAUUUUGUGUAGGAAUCCCUUGUUCUUGCAGCUUCUCCACAAAGGUCACGAUGUUCCUGUAAACCUCCAACUAGACCAACUUAUUCUUUGUUCUGCAACUUUUUAUCUCUGUAUGAAUGGAAAAGUGGUGUCCCCUUAAAGGGCAGAGCCUUGAGCACUGGCUCUCCUGUAUAUUUCAGGCUUCAGGCAACAUUCUUAAAUAAAAGUAAAAGCAACAGAAUACAAAGGUUAAAGUGGAAGAAACAGACCCACUAUGGAGUCAGGCGUGUUCUUCCCUCUUACAGCCUUAUACGAAACAUUUCUCUGCUCCAGACGCGCCCACGGUUUGGUUUGUAAGGCCUCAUCCUGCGUGGGUCACAUGAGCCAAGCUGGACAACAGGAAGACCAAGGUCUGCUGUGACGCUGACUCCGGUGUCCACUCCUUCACGGGAGGACCUCAGGUCUUAGUCAAACACAACCUGGAGAGUCCAUCCCGGGUCCUAACGCUGUGAUCACCGUGUCCCAACCCGGCACGGUCCUGAUCUUACGACGGAACAUCCAGCGUCCAGGGUAUUGGCAAAGCCAGAGCCCAGGGCCCACCGACUGCGGGGCAGCCCCCACCCCACCCACGGCACCGCGCCCGCGCCCUUCCGCCGGCACCGAGACUACAAGUCCCAGCAUGCAGCGCGGCCCCUUCCAGCUGGCUCUCGCGCUCCCUCUCUCUCGCCCCCGGUCUCUCCCGCCCACGCUCGCGUCCGCGGAGGGCGUGGCGCCCGUAACCCCUGCGCACUGACGUCGGCGCGCCGACGUGACGUGCUGACGUGGCGCUCUGGGCGCCUCCGCCCUCCCGGGCUCCAGUCCGGCGGCGGGAGGCCUGGGGCGGCGCUUCAGUUUGUGGGAGCCGCCGUGGUGUGAAGGCGCGAGGCCGGUGGGAAGGGCCGGCUCUUGUAGUCUCCUCCUCCGGGUCUGCGGCUCCCCGUCCCAGAUGGACAGGGUGUGCGCCGUGUUCGGAGGCUCCCGGGGCAUCGGCAGGGCGGUGGCCCGCUUGAUGGCCCAGAGAGGCUACCGACUGGCCAUCGUCGCCCGGAAUCUGCAGGGGGCCAGAGCCGCGGCCGGGGACCUGGGCGGAGAUCAUUUGGCAUUGAGCUGUGAUGUUGCCAAAGAACAUGAUGUUCAAAAUACAUUUGAAGAGAUAGAGAAGAACUUAGGUCGAGUUAAUUUCUUGGUAAAUGCAGCUGGAAUUAACAGGGAUAACCUCUUAGUAAGGACAAAUGCCGAAGAUAUGCUAUCUCAGCUUCAUACUAACCUCUUGGGCUCCAUGCUGACUUGUAGAGCUGCCGUGAAGACAAUGAUUAAGCAGCAGGCAGGGUCCAUUGUGAAUGUGGGAAGCGUUGCAGGUGUAAAAGGCAGUUCUGGCCAGUCCGUGUACAGCGCCAGUAAAGGCGGGCUAGUUGCGUUCUCACGCUCUCUUGCUAAAGAAGUAGCAAGAAAGAAAAUUAGAGUGAAUGUCGUUGCACCAGGAUUUGUUCAUACAGAUAUGACGAAAGACUUGAAAGAAGAACAUUUAAAGAAAAACAUCCCUCUUGGGAGGUUUGGAGACCCCCUUGAUGUGGCCCAUGCAGUCGUGUUUCUUUUAGAGUCUCCGUACAUUACAGGGCACGUCCUGGUGGUGGACGGAGGCUUGCAGCUCACCAUGUAGCCGACUGAUAUGGCUAUUAUUAGAGUCAAGGGCACACACUGUUUUACCUGCAUUCGCUAAUCAAACCUACUGAUGCUACAAAUGUUGAUUUCCAUCCUUAUAUGAGUAUGUCUGUAGAGGACAGUAUGUGACCAGCUGUGCUUUCUAAAUGACACGUACCUUCCAGGCUGCAGCAGUGUUAGUGUGUAGUCACCCCUCGGUCCCCACAGGGAUCUGCCCUAGGAUCCCCAGAGUCUUCAGAUGCUCCAGUCCCUUACAUACCGCAGCCUCCUUAGUAUUUGCAUAUAACCUACGUAAACUUUAAAUCAUCUUUACAUUAUUCAUAAUACCUAACACAGUGUCAGUGCUGUGUAAAUAAUUGAAGUACAGUGGAAAUGCGAUGUAUUUUUGGAAUUUGUGGGAUUUUUAAAAAAAUAUAUUCUAUCCGUGGUUGGUUGAAUAUGGAUGUGGAAGUCAUGGAUGCAGCGGGCUGACUGUAUAGGCAUUUUGCAAGUGAUAUAAACAGAUGUUAUCUUAAUUUAUACAUUUUGUGGCAAAAGUGGGAAAAAUUAUAUGGUCUAAUUGUCAUUAGUUGUUUCGUUGUAUCAGGCUGAAUACUCCAGAAGUUAACCUUGGAGGCCAUUACCAAAGUAAGAGUAUUUACAGGGCAUGGGUAGGUGUCAAUACCUUAGCAGCCCUGCUAGAGUUAAACAUUGUAUCCCUUUUGCCCCUUGGACAGUCAUUUGAUUUACAGGUUGAAAAUGAAUGUGGAGUUUGGUUUCUUUGAGUGGCAUUGCUCCUCCUUGAGCCACUGGGCACAAUAACUGCAAGUGCAAUUGUGGACAGUUGACCCAUCCUGUGGAAAUUUUCAAAGAUGGUGAGGGUUAACCCUUACUGUUUUAAUACCUGGUACAGUUGUGAGCUGCAUAGAUCUCAUCAACUUAGGAAGUGGAAGCGUUUUUGUUGUUGUUGUUUGUUUUUUUUGUUUUUUUAAAUCCACAAAAACAGUUUAGCAGGCUACCUAAAAACAGAAAUAAUAAUAUUCUUGCCUGACAUUUUAGAAAACUAAUAAUUAUGAGCAAUCAUAAAUAAGUAAAUAUGCAGUAACAGUGAGUUAAUUGUCUUUACAAGGAACAGGUUAAGCAUUAGUCUUAAAAGAAGAUGUUUGCCUGAGAUUAGAGAUGAAGACACAAACUGAGUGAAAACAUCAGAUGACGUCUGCUUUGCAUGGAACUGUUUUGUGGGGAAUACUGUGAUCAUUUUAAAUGUCACUGAUUCAUGUUGAUUUUUAUAAUUUGUCAUUUUAAAAUGUUUUAAAUAUUUAUUGCACCUUAAACAGCAAUCCUUUUACAGUUUUAUUGGAGCCGAAAUGAUUUUAUGUAAAUAGAUUUAAUUUUAUAUUGAAAGUUGGUGCAAACGUAUUAAUAGGAUAUAUUAAAUAAAUGCAGAGUAAUAAAAGUAAAAUAACAAAGUCAAACCUGUGUUCCAAAUCAAGAUUCCUGAUUCCUUAAAAAUUCUUUUGCACUGAUCUUCAAAAUAGCCUUCUUUACUUCGAGAAGCCUGUUUAGGACGUGAGCAAGCCAGUUAAGUGUAAGUUACUGUUGUAACAGGACUGUCUGCUCACCGCUGACAGGGCGGUGCACAGACCGCGCUCGGGCGUGCACAGUGCCCGGCGCUCGCAGGGAAGCAGAGGUCGGGGUGGUGUCCGGCGUCCUGCGCACGGAGCACGCGCUUCUCCAGCGCCGCCUGCCCGCAGGCCUUGCUGGGCAGCCGCGGGCCAGCACCCUCCUCAGACUCCCGUGCUCCAGACCCCGUGGGGCCGCCUCGGCUGGUGGUCGGCAAGGAAGCAGGUGUCACUGGAACGAAUGGUGCUGAGGUGUGGCUUACGGAUGGAUUUAACCUUCAAGUGUGUAUAUUCACACGUCAAGACAUGAUCCCUUUUGAAGCGUCCACCCGCUCCCGCCCACAUCGAACUUCUGGAAGGUGGAGCGAGGCCUUAAACAGGUGCAGCCAGCCGCCCCCGCCCCGCAGGUGACGUCUCCAUCGGCUCCCACCUCCCGGGUGGGACGUGUUUCGUGCUCUCAUCCUGGUGCUGAAAUGGGUUGCCAGCUGUUGCUCAUAUUCAGAGAUUCAAGAACUUCAGUGAAUUCUUAACAAAACUCAGCUGCAGCUCUUAUAUGGCUCUUAGGAGCCUGCAAUCCAGUCUGUGUUGAGUACUUGUUAGGAAAUGGUUUAUGGUUAAAGCCAGUGUUAACAUGUUCGCAUGGGACGUUUUUAAAUUUGUGCUUUUCAUAUUUUUUUCAUAUUCAGGUUUUUUUUAAAUAAAUU